UCUCUUUCAAAAAUCGAGUUCUCAACAUGAUCGAAUGGUACGCGCCGCAGCGCUACGACGUCGGCGUCAUCGUGCAGCUCAUUUGCUGCCUCUGCGGCAUCGGGUCGCUCUCGAUGCCCCACAUCUUUGCCGAGUCGGGCGCCGUCUUGUCGGCCAUCACGUUUACACUCAACUUUUUCUUCAACACAUAUGCGACCGUCGCGCUCUGCCAGUGCCUCCUCGCGCUCAAGGACGAACCGAAAGUCCAGACAUACGUCGACCUCGGGUUCUACCUCUUUGGGAAGACCGGCGCUCUCCUCGUCCAAGGCACGCAGCUCGCGUCCUGCUUUCUGCUCCCGAUUGCCUUUCUCGUGCUUGGCGGCGCCACGCUCCUCCCGUCCAUCUUUGACGGCGCGAUCGACAUUUCGUCGACGUGGUGGAUCUUACUCAUGACGCUCGUGCUGCUCCCGAUCAUCUACAUCCGCGUGCUCCACGAAGCGUACCCGGUCCUGGUUGCGGGCGCCCUCGGCACGAUCAUCGCCGACACGAUGGCGACUGUCGACGCCUACUUGGCGCCCGGCGGCGACGUCUUUGAAGCCACUGCGUCGCCUGGCUUUUCAAACGUCCUCAACACGUUUGGUGCCUUCGCGCUCGCCUAUGGCGCGGCCACGAUCGUGCCGUCGAUGCAGAACCACCACCCGCGCCCCGAGAGCAUGCCGAGCACGAUGGUCUACGGUAUGCUGCUCAUUUCCGUCUUUUACGUGGCCCUCGGUGCCGUUGGGUACGCGCACUUUGGCUGCGCCGCGCCCAACAACCUCUUGAUUGCCAUGUCGGCGACCACGGAGCGCCGCCGCAUCGCGUUCAUCUGCAUGCAAGUGCACGUCAUGAUCGCGCUCGCGAUCUUUAUGAACCCGUUCUUCAUCUACUUUGAACGAAAAUGGGACCCGUGGUUUGCCAAGACGGACGCCAACGACAAUGACGAUGUUGAGAAGGCCGAAGCUGGCUUUGCUGCAGUCCGCACGCCGACGCACGGUGGGUCCGACGAGGAUGCGAGUGGCGUCGACGAGGUACGGGCGACGCGGGUCGCGUUUCUGCGGCGGAUUGUCUUUCGCUCGAGCAUGGUCGGUAUCCAGUGCUUCGUGGCCAUGCUCACGCAGAGCUCGUUCUCGGACAUUGCCGACCUCAUUGGCGCGUCCGUCAUGAACCUCUGCUCGGUGAUUCUGCCGCUCAUCUUUUACUACUCCAUGUUCCGCACGAGCAUGUCGAAGGCCCACAAAAUGCUGUGUGUCACCGUCAUCAUCGUCACAUCGCUCCUCGGCGGCUACAGCACGUACCACGCGAUCGCCAACAUCGUCGACAACUCGUCGACGUACAAGUUGUUUUCGUCGGCGCCGGCCACGUACGCGCCAACGUCGUUCCCGUACUGCCCCGCGGGCUUUGCGACGCGCAAGGAGGCGUGGAUUGCCUCGUUGCAGCACUAAACACAUAGAAACAAAUAGCAGUCGUCGAUCAAC